AUGGAGUAUAUUCAGAAAGUACUGUUCAGGGAGAGUCUCAAACGACCAUUCGUUAUUUCGAAGAAAAAUUUGCAUCUAAGGAUACAUUUAUCUGAACACUAUCAACAACCGCUUUUGCGGUGCCAACGUUGUGUUAAUAGUAACAGCGUUCCACAUGAACCAGAAGAGCAGACUACUAUUGCGAAGAUGGCAGUAAAGACGUAUCAAAGAUUGACUCCUCUGAAACAUAUACUUUAUCGACCAGAUAGUUAUAUUGGUCCUGCUUUUUUAUCUGACGAGCAAUCGAUUUAUGUUUACGAUGCUAUGAUGAAGCGAAUAUUAAGAAAAGAAGCACGAAUUGUGCCUGGCUUAUUGAAAAUUUUUGAUGAAAUUCUGGUUAAUGCGGCUGAUAACAAGAGGCGAGAUCCACAAAUGACAAUUAUAGCCGUUAGUAUUGAUAGAGAAAAGAACACAAUAUCGAUUUGGAACAAUGGCCGUGGGAUACCGGUGGAGAUUCAUCCGACGGAGGGGGUCUAUGUUCCUACGAUGAUUUUCGGCACCCUGUUUACUUCAUCUAAUUAUGAUGAUUCCGAAUUGAAAAUAGUUGGUGGUAGGAAUGGAUUCGGCGCUAAAUUAUGCAACAUAUUUAGUACGGAAUUUUGUGUAGAAACUUGUACGAAGCAGUCUGGAUUGCGCUUUUUUCAAUGCUGGCGGAAAAAUAUGAACGACGUGGAUGAUCCAAUCAUCAGUAAUGUUGACACAAACGCAUCUGACUAUACUUGUGUUACAUUCAAGCCGGAUCUGAGUAAAUUCAAGUUAUCAACUUUAGACGAAGAUACGAUAGAAGUAAUGAUAAGGAGGACAGUGGAUAUCGCUGGCACUCUGGAUGGUGUUCAUGUAUUUUUGAACGGAACUAAGAUCGAGGUUUCAGGAUUCGAAGACUAUGUAAAAUUAUUUUCAACAAAUACUAGUGAGAAUUUUGAAAAUUUCACCGUUCCGUCUUAUUGUAAUGUUAAUAAUCGAUGGCAGAUUGCUGUAGCGCGAAGUAAUGAUGGAUAUAAUCACACUAGUUUUGUUAACAAUAUCAAUACUUUGAAGGGUGGACGACACGUGGAUUAUAUUAUGAACCAGUUAGUAUCACGAUUAAAACAGGAAAUACGUCAGCGCUGCGAUUGUGAAAAACUCAUAAGUACACAUCAGGUUAAAAAUCGACUUCAUAUAUUUGUGAAUUCACUGAUAGAGAAUCCUGCCUUUGAAUCGCAAUCAAAAGAAUACCUUACAACAUCAGUGAAGGAUUUCGGUUCAACGUGUAUUAUACCAGAAUCAUUUUACGAAAAUUUCUUUAAAGAUAGUGAUAUCAUUCAUUAUUUGCUCUGCGACAUCAGUGAACAGCAUACGGCUUCACUGAACCGCUCCAUCAAGCGACCUCUGUGGGACUUAUCAAAACUGGAAGAUGCGGUUGAUGCAGGCACUAAGAACGGUUAUAACUGCACAUUAAUCGUAACGGAAGGUGAUUCAGCGAAAGCACUUGCAGUAGCGGGUCUUGCUGUAAUUGGACGGAAACAAUAUGGUGUUUUCCCAGUUCGAGGGAAGCUAACAAAUGUUCGAGGGAUGGAUGCUAAAAUGGCUGUCAAAAAUAGUGAAAUCUCGGCUCUUAUACGAAUACUGGGAUUAAAAUUUGGUGAAAAUUAUGGCAACGCCGAGGACUUAAAAUCUUUGCGCUAUGGGCGAUUGCUUAUAAUGACAGAUCAGGACCCCGAUGGAUCUCAUAUCAAGGGAUUGAUUAUAAAUCUGUUACAUAUGUAUUGGCCAUCUCUACUUAAAGCUAAUUACAUCAAUUAUUUCAUUACUCCAUUAUUGAAGGCAAAGCGUGGGUCCGAAGUAAAGUCAUUUUAUAGUACAGCUGAUUAUGAAAGAUGGCAAGCAGAAAAUCCUGAUUCCGCAAAGUAUUCGAUAAAAUAUUACAAAGGACUGGGAACAUCAUCAGCUAAGGAAGCACGAGAAUACUUUACGGAUAUUGAACGACAUACAGUAAAUUUUAUUUACGAUGGUAAGGCGGCAGAUGAAAGCAUUGACCUUGCAUUUGCGAAAAAUAAAGCUGAUGAUCGAAAAAUAUGGAUUGCUGAAAGUAGUAAGCUGCUGUUAUCAUCCACAAACUGCAAUCAGAAAACUUUUUCUGAAUUCGUCAACAAAGAAUUACUGGAAUAUUCGCAAUUAGAUCUUCGGCGUUCUCUACCAAAUAUUGUGGAUGGCUAUAAACCAAGUCAACGAAAAGUCUUGUUUACAAUGUUUGGACGUUAUGAACGUGAUGAAGUACGAGUAAGUCAGCUAGCGGGUGCUGUUUCACAAUAUUGUGGAUACCAUCAUGGGGAGGAAUCUUUGGUAAAUACGAUCAUUCGUUUAGCUCAAGACUUCGUUGGUUCCAAUAAUUUAAAUCUUCUUUUACCUCUUGGUCAGUUUGGUACACGUCUGGCAGGUGGUGAAGAUGCGGCAAGUGCACGAUACAUCUAUACUUCGCUGAGUCCGCUUGCGCGAAUCAUAUUUCCGCGUGCAGAUGACAAAGUUCUGAAAUAUUUGAUGGAAGAAAACACAUUCAUUGAACCAGAAUGGUACUGUCCCAUAAUUCCGAUGAUUUUAAUAAAUGGUGCAGAAGGGAUUGGUACUGGAUGGGCCACGAAAAUUUUACCGCGCUGUCCUAGGCAAAUCAUCAGUAACGCUCAAAGACUUAUUGAUGGACGACCGCUGCAGGACAUGUUGCCACAUUUCCGAAAAUUUCAAGGAACGAUAAAUGAAAUUACACCUCGUCAAUACAGUAUUUCUGGGAAAAUUUCAUACCAUCGUUUGAGAAGCGGCCUUAGGGCAAUAAUAACGGAGCUUCCCACUGGGAUUUGGAAUAAUAAAUAUAAGGAGAAAGUGCUCGAUUCUAUCAUGAAAAGCGGAUUAAUAAGUAGUUAUGAAGAAUUGCACAGUGAAAGCAAUGUACAUUUCAUUCUUCAUGUGAUUGAUAAACCGUUGAUAAGUGACAAAAAGCAAAUUAAGACACUCAAUCGGCUGUUAAAAUUACGAUCAGUAGCAAGUGAAAACUCAAUGAUUUUGUUCGAUGAAAAAAACGUACUGCGAAAAUACAAUUCCACGGUAGACAUAUUUCAAGAAUUUUUCGAAGUUCGUCGGCAGAAAUAUGUAGAAAGGAGGGAAUAUGAAUUGAAAGCUAUGGAUAAAAAACUUAAAUUUAUUGGAAAUCAGGUUCGUUUCGUAAAUGCUGUUAUCAAUGGUGAAAUCAUUAUUGAAAAGAAGAACCGUGUAGAAAUUGUAACUCAGAUAAUUGAGAAAGGGUUUGAUUCGAAUCCGAUGAAAAUGAAAAAUACUGUGGAUGAAAAUCGCAAUUCACCAGAUUUUGCAUAUUUGCUCGACAUGCCACUUUGUCGUUUGAGCAAUGAAGAAAUUCUGAUUUUACAAGAAAAACGGAGUGAGCUAUGGGAGCGGUUCAAAGCUUUGAAGUCAACAACAUGGAAAAGUUUAUGGAGUAUGGAUCUGAAUCUGUUGUCUAUGGCACUGGAUAAAGAAGAAAGGCGAAUGUAA